GUAAACAGAGAAGAAAGAACUGGUAUUGUUCUUGGGUAAGUUGGGUAAGUCCCGAUACCGUUGACAUUUGACAGUCCCAGUAUCGAUACUUAUUCCGCAUCCCUUACUCGGCUACUCGAAAUCGAGUAUCGCGAUGCCUAUGCCUGAUGCCAGUCGAUUACCUCAAGUUGUCGGACACUCGCUUUACAGUUUACUCCAUUCCGUCAAAAAACUUUAGUUUACGCUCAAUUUGAACACUUUGGUGGCAAAUUGAAGCGUCAGCGACUCGCCAUGAAGACGCGAGUAUUUCACCCUGAAGUCGGAAAUCGGAUUCGUGCCGUCCUCUAGAGUUUCUGGAGAGAACUGGAAAUUUCCAGAUGCGCUGUUCUCUCGAAUUCAGCCCCUUGGUGACAAACGCACGAUUUUUAUUGCGAUUUGACGUCUGGCCGUUUUAACAAAGUUCGACGUUGACCAUGAAAAGCUUCUCUUACGAAACCAGGUCUCUGAAAAGACCGAGGCUUGGUCCUCCCGACGUCUAUCCCCAGGAGCCUAAACAAAAAGAGGACGAACUGACAGUCACUAACGUGAAGCUCGGCUUUUCUGCAUAUCAGUUGAGCGAUGAAUUUGGUACUGCAAGGAAUUGCAAUGUUACUGCUUCAAAGAUUGGCGCCUAUUUUAAUGCAAUUAUUGGAAAAAAAGAUGAAAUCAACACUCUGCCAGAUUCUGGCCGGAAGAGGCAACAAAUUAAUCCAAAGGACAAUUUUUGGCCAGCCACAGGCAGGACAAAAGCGGCAGUCGAGGCUUGGUUCAAAGAUUUGUCGGGAAGUAAAGCAUUGCUUUCCCUUUCAAAAAAGGCACCUAAUUUUAACAAGAAAGAGGAUAUCUACCCUCUACUCUGUGAUUUUCAAGUACCCAUGUUGAGAGCGGCUUGGUUCAUAAAACUGAGCUCAGCGUAUACUGUGGCUGUGACUGAGGCGAAGGGAAAGAAGAGGCAACUUCCAGAUCCAACCCAAGAGUGGACCGCUUCGUUGUUAAAAUUCCUUAAAGAGCAACUUAGCAAGUUACAAGAAUUUUAUCAAUCGAGUUCACAAACAACAAUGACUGAAGAACAGAAAUCAUCUCUAAAACUUUGGCACUACACAACUCAAUUAUCACGCUACUUGUACCAGGAAGGCUUGCUGGACAGGCAAGAAAUGCUUCAGUGGAUUUUAGAGCAACUUGAAAAGUACAAAAACUGGCCACCAGCAGAAGAUGGCCCGCUGCGUCUUGUCCUUCCAGUUGUCCUUCAAUACCUCGAGGAAUUUGUUCAAAAUGAACUUCUCGCUAGGAAACUAGCAUAUAUUUGUAUGGGAAGGCUUGCACAACUGUGUAACAAUCAAACCGCAGGUGGCGUCUCGCCAAAUAGUCCAAACCACAAUAUGGUUUGUACUACCCAGAAUAAUACUGUCAGCAACUCGGCUGCUUCUGUCCUAAAGGAAUAUUUAAAUUGCCCUCAUCAUAAAGAUGUUGUUUUGUCUCUAAGUGUAAUUAUUCAGGUCAUUACAUUAGAAUGUCCAACAGCUUUGGUAUGGAAUAGCAUCGGUGAAGGGAAGUCUGCCUCUAUGUUAAACGGUUCUCCUUUAGACAUUCUUUUAUGUUCACCUUCCUUGCUACCAAUGCCACAAAGAAAUUCCAACCAGCAUUUACGUAAUCAGUUGAGAGCCGCUGAAGAGAUGAUAAAACAAAGGAGCCAAGCGGCAGAAAAUAAAUGGUCCUGUGAUAAAUGGCAACAGUCGUGUGCGGGAGUUAAGACUCAAAGAGUACUAACGGCUUUAGACGCACUAGAUAGACAUUCCUUUCACAAAGUGGACACAAACAACUCAUUGGAUACACUCUACCAAAAAAUAUUUCCAAAUCCACCAGAAAAAAACCAAUUUCAAAUAGAAAAAGAAGAACCGAUUGUUAACUUGUUGUGCUGGUGGGCUGUGAGUGGUGUUCGUUACGGUGAACAUAGAGCGAUCGCUGUUGCCAAACUCUUGGAAAGGAGGAACAAUCAAAUUCAACAAGGUCAAGAAACCGAUGUAACAGAUGACAAAGAUUCGGUAAACUCGGCUACACCAGGCCUGCCAGUGUUUCAAUCACUUCUAAUGAAGUAUCUGGACAACGAUGCACCAGUGUUAGAUGACACCAGUAAUUAUCCCACGAAUCGGACAGUUUUUACAAAUUUGGUACAUUUGUUUUCUGAACUUGUGAGGCAUGAUGUUUUCUCGCAUGACGCCUACAUGUGCACAUUAAUUUCAAGAGGAGAUCUUUUGCAAAUAAGUGAACAGAAUGUAACAAAUCCAGGUAGUUCAGCAAGGCCCAGUAGUAAUAAACCUUUAGAAACACCAUCUCAGAUACAUUUAGACAGUGAUCCAACAGCGUUGUUCUAUUUAAAACCUAGCAAAUUACAGGAACAUGGAAGAGCGAUGGAAUGUGAUGAUAGUAAAAUUGAUGACGAUUUGGGCGAGUUAUUGCAAACUAUUACAAAAGAACAACAAAAUUCAAUGGAUGCUCCUGAUUCGCCGAAAGAUGUUAGUGGUUCAUUAGUGUCAGGUGGAAUCAAUCACCUUAAUUCAGAAGUCGAUAACUCUGGACUAAACGGAAAACCUUCAAGGCAUCUCCUUUAUACAACACAUUUUCCUCUGCCACAAGAUGAAAGUUGUUCUCAUGAGUGUAACCAAAGGCAUGUGCUUUUAUACGGUGUUGGACGAGUUCGGGAUGAAGCUCGACAUGUUGUGAAACGGACAGCGAAAGAUAUUUGCAAAUUGUUUUCUAAAAAAUUCAGCAUCGAUGUCGCUGAAGGUGGCAAAGUAAAGAAACAUUCCAGAAAUGAAUUCAACUUUGAAUCUACAACUGCAAGAGUACAGAAUUUAUCUUUUUUUGACCAGCAUGUAGUUACAUGGCAGUGCAGCAUUACUGUUUAUGAGAUGAUAAGCUCAUUUGCUUCGGGAAACUCAAAUUAUCUUCCAGUCCAAGAGCAUGUCGCGUUUUUAUUUGAUCUGAUGGAACUGGCCUUAAAUAUUUAUGGAUUAAUUGAUGUUUGCAUACAGAUUCUCAAAGAAAUUCCCGAAGUUGAAGCUCAGCUGGAUGCAAAAGGAUCGAAUUUAGUCAAAACAUACACAACGGGGCUUGUUUUGUAUAUUGUCGGUGUAUUACGAAGGUAUCACUGCUGUCUUUUAUUAUCUGGAGAACAGACUGUGGCAGUAUUCGAAGGGUUAUGCAGAGUUGUUAAACAUAUUUCAAACCCCGGCGACUGCUCUAGCGCCGAAAGAUGCGUACUUUCACAUCUGUACGAUUUGUAUGCUUCGUGCAAUUUGCUGAAGACCCGGCCCCACAGCGCUGAGCCGUUCAGCAAUGCCUAUCCGAAAAUCCGCGCCGCCCUUUACUCAUCUCUAACCCCGAACCAAUCUGGGAAUCAGACUAUAACACCUUUUCUGGCCGACGUUAUUAAAUCCGUCCGGAAAGGAAUGAAAAUUGAGCCAGCGUGGUACAGACAGCUGAAUGAUAGCUCAAAUAAUCGUUACUCAUUCGUAUGCAAUACAAUAAUGGCUGUUUGUUCAACAAAUGAUGUUGAUAGACUCAACGAUUUGGGACAUCUCAGCGCAGAAUUAACCGCCCAUUGCAACCUGUUGUCAGCAGAGUGGCUAGGCGUUCUAACUGCUCUUUGCUACACUUCUAGUAGCCCUUCUUACACAGAAGUUACAUCCCAUGUUGACAUUCAUGACCUCUCUAUUCACAAUUCACUAGCAUUAUUCACUUCAAUUUUAGUUGCAAGGCACUGUUUCUCUCUUGAAGAUUUUGUAGUCCAUGUUGCUCUUCCAUCCCUUAUGACAGUUUGCAAUGAAGGUAGAGGUGAUGCUGAUUUAGAUGCUGAAGCAGGAGCUAGGUUAACAUGUCAUUUGUUGUUAAGACUUUUUAAAACAAGUGAAGUUCCUCAACCUGCAAUGUAUUCCGUUGGUACAUCGCCGCAUCCUCUACCGGUAAACUCUACUUCGAGUAUUAAGUUAAGCUGCGAUAGGCAUCUUUUAGCAGCUGCACACAACAAUAUCAAAGUUGGCCCUGUGCUAGCAGUACUUAAGGGUAUCCUCGUUGUCGGUGACGCAACAGCUGGCAGAGGCAGCCGUGGGAAAAUAAAGCCUCAUAAAAUGACUCCUCCUAGUGGACAAGGAGAACUCAGCAUUAGUCAUAUCUUAGGAACUUCAGAUUCUUUGGGAGGAGCGCGUGAUGAAUUAUUAUUGGAAUUGGGUGGUGGAAACAAUAUAUCUAGCAAUGGAGGCUUGUCAGAGCUAGCUCAGUUGGUUCUUAAAGAAAUGUGCAGCGAAGAGUGGGUGUUGGAACGUUGUUUGCAACGGCCUGAAGAUCUUUGCACUCAGGAUAUGAUGUUGGACAGUAUGUUAACUGCAAAACAGGCACAGAGACUGCUUCAUAUGAUAUGCUAUCCUGACAAUCCUGUCAGUACAGAUGUGAAUCUAGAUCAAAAAACAAUGAUAACAAACAUUUUGGAGAAUCUUGAGCUCUGGACAUUGAGAGUUUCUUGGCUGGAUAUGCAGUUGAUGUUAAAACAGUAUGCGUCGAAUAAUCAAGAGUUAAACCAGUGGCUUGACAUCGUUGCUAAAGCUGCGAUAAAUUUGUUCAACUUGCCAGUAUCCAAUAAUGUUUUCAAUAUUUACAGAGAAGACAAUUGCAAAGGUAAAAACUCAAUGUGGUUGGUUGCACCUCUUGUAGCGAAAUUACCGUCAACAGUGCAAGGAAGAGUACUGAAAGUAGCAGGGCAAGUGUUGGAGUCAGGAAAUUGGUUUACAAACAGUGCCAAAAACAAGGGAAGUACACCAACAAGGCCAUCUUCAGGUCCGCAUAUGGGGCACCAUCAGCCAUUUUUAGCACUGGUUUUAACUUGUUUAAAAGGGCAAGAUGAUCAGCGGGAAGGAUUGUUAACAUCACUGCAGACACAGUUAACACAAUGUUUGCAAAUAGUUAAAGAAGAUCGCAAUUACAUAUGUGAAAAUCAUAAGAGCCGGACUGCCAUGCAAGACGCUUUGUUAUUAAGAUUUUCCCUAAUUGGCGGGAUGUUUGACACAAUCCAACGCAAUACAACUUUGACUACUGACUGGGCAAUUCUUCUAGUUCAAUUAGUCAUUUAUGGUGUUAUAGAUUUAAAUAACAAUUCGGAGCUCUUUAAUACGGUUUUAGAUAUGCUAGCAACCUUAAUUCACUCAACACUCGUAUCAGAUUCACAGUCAGAGAAAUGCGAGGAAAAUAGAAAACACUAUCAAAAUUUAAUGAAAAAAUUAAAGAAAGAAGUCGGAGAACGAAAUUCCCCUUCCAUACAAUAUGUAAAACAGUUAUUACCACUUCCAAAGAAGCAAACGGAAGUUAUUGCCUGCAGCCCUUCUGGGCUGGUCACCGAUAUGAAAGGAAAUAAGAUUGCAUUCGACUCGAGUGACAAACACGGUCUUCAAGUCAGCGAGAAGCAAAGGAUAAAUCCAUGGGAUAUCCUCGAAGGGCAAAAGAAUUUGGCGCCACUCUCUUGGCCUUGGUUUGGUGCGAUACGUGUUGAAAGGAGACUUUUGCCAUUCGAGGAGACGCAUAGGCUUUUACAGUGCCACACUCACUCGCUUGCCAAGAGUUCUGAUUUUUAUCUUGAGCCACUGCCUCUUCCUCCUGAAGAUAUUGACCCACCAAAGCCUUGUACUUGUGUGUAUUGCGCUCAGAUGAAGGGCGGACCCGGUAUUCACGAGAGCACGCCACCCUCUGUAGACAGCCCGAGAGGUGGAAAGCGCCACAUGGGAAAACAGGCCUUGAGUACAAGAAGGAAAAAACAGACGAACAAACCGGGAACUCCUGUCAUGCAGCAUGUUCAACAAGGUGGCCCGGGACCACAGAAUCAAAUUGGUCAAAUGGUCGGGCCGUAUAAUACGCAAGGGCAAGGUGGCAUAUUCCCUGGUGGGCCUCAACCGUCUCAAUGGGGUGGUGCCCCUCCAUACCAACAGCAGCAUCCACAGCAAGUGUACUAUCCACAACAGGCUAUGCAGCAAGGUGCAGGUAAUCCUGCUGGUCCUGGAAGAGUGAACCAAAGCAAACAAGCGUUGUCAAAUAUGCUUAGAAUGCGAAUACCACCUUCAAGCCAGUACAUAGGGCAAAAUCAACCCCAAAUGCAAAAUUUCCAACCAAUGCCUCGUCAAACUAUGUUCAGGCAACAAAUACAAGGCAUACAAACAGGAAUGCAGGGUAACAAUCAAUCAAAUCAAAUGUUCCCAGCACAACAACAACAAAUAUACCAAAAUAUACAGCAACAAGGAAUAAAUCAAAAUUAUGGUGGUUACGGAGCUGGUGGUAUGGUUACAAACACAGGAAUGUUCCCAGACCAGCCUAUGAUGAGAACUCCCGAGUACCAACAAAGAAUGAGAGGCCCAUACAUGCAGCAGGCUCCCAAUGUCACUAUGUCUUCUAUGGGUGGACCUCUAAGUCAGAACCAGCCAGCACCACCUUACACAAGGCCCGGAGCUCCAAACCAGCAACAACAACAGGCACAACCGACUCCACAGCAUUUUACUCAGCAACAAAUGAAUCAACAACGAAUGAGGCAGCAGCUCAUGGCGAUGCAACAUCAAAAUCAGCAGCAGCAGUCACAAAACCCAACAGCAAUUGUAGCCCAACUGCAAAGACAAAUGCAUUCAGGAAACCAACAACAAAACCAGCAACACAUGUAUCAGCAGCCACCCCCGUAUUAAUCUCAAACAAAUGUUGGGUCCAAAAUGUAUUUGAAAUAUAAACUUGAUAUGCGUAUUUCUCAGUAACGCAUAUUUUUUU